AUGAUCCACUGGACCGUCAUGCUGAUUGCGGACAUGGUCCAGUACGGCGGGACCAUUCCGCGCGAGCUGAGCGUCCGGAAACUUUCAGGAAAGGGUCAGCCCGGCGGCAGGGGCAUCGUUGACUUGUGCAUGUGCAAGAAGGAGAUCGCGUGGUGCAUGAUCAAGAAGGCACGUGACUUGAAGGUCAGCGAGGUGGCCGUGAAGCGCAUGGACGCGUGGGAGAAAAGCCCCGAGGAGUACAGGAAAGCAAUGUUCAAGGGCAGCGCGUCCUGGGUGGGGACUUUGCCUGACUCGGCGCAGAAAGGCGAGCUCGUCUUCGACAACAAGUACGACGAAGUGAUCAAGCAGGCCAAGAAUGGCGGGCACAGCAUGGAGGAGGCCCUCACUCGCUCCCCCGUGAAGGAGAAGAUGGAUGAGUUCGUUGCCGCGCUGGAGGCGGAGGGCGAUGGCCGGCCAGCGCCAGACAUGGAGAAGAAGGGCAUCGACGUGGAGGACAUUGACUUGAGUGACGAGGAGGAUGGCGGGAUGAUGCUUCCUGGUAUCUCGGCAAAGAAGAUGGACGACAAGGAAGGCGUGCUGGCUCAGUGGGUCACCUAUGCAAAGAACUUGGUGGACAGGUAUGUGAAUUUGCACGGUGACCCUGGCAGCGUCUCCGGGGUCGCUCAGCUGCUGCGGGCGGACCCGCUUUCCCAGAAGGUCACUGGGAAGCAGGAGUACGUGCUUGUCCUGUACGAUGUCACGAGAGCUGGAGAAGCAUCGUCCAGGCCGCACUUGAGACCGCCGCCCUUAAGGGAUGAGCACUUGAAAAGAUGCAUCAAGGGAGCCUUGGAGGGGCUCCAGCCGGCGCAGAACGUUUUGCCACAGAUCCCGGAGAAGGCCGCCUUCUUUUUCAUCGACAGGAACCUGGGCAGUGCAGGCAAUGCCUCGAAGGCCUUUGUGGACGACGGCGGCAAGGUGAUUCCGAAGGUCAAGACGCAGUUGUACGUGUUGACAACGGAGCAGUCCGAGCGACAGGUGAAAGCCCGGGUCAAGGGCAUUGCUACGUUGUCCACCAUGCUGAGUAUGAACGUCUUCAGCCAGAAGACGCUCGAGGUCGUGGCGAAAGAUCACCUGCACGUGCCGGGAAGCACGGCGUCUGAUUGCCUCGGCCCCUUCGAGAGGACGCCGCCAGAAAGCCUCUGGAAGGUGAAGCACGCCAGCAAGUCGGACCUCCUGGGCAAGGCGCUGAUCGCCGUGGGGGGAACUGUGGAUGGCGACCCGGGGCCGGAAGUGGAUCCCGGGCCGAAGCCCUCCAGCAUGGUUCCCUUUUGCUGGCAUGGGCUCCCGACAGAAUUCUACGAAGAGUUGCAUCACUCUUUCUCGGGGGCUGGUUGGGUGGACCUCACCGCUUCGGACCCGGUGCUGCCCAUGACAGCCAUCCGUUUGCGGAAGAGUUACUUCGGGCUAUGCCACACACCAGAACACAAGGAGUUGCUGGAAAAGCAGUUGGCCAACCAGGUGUUCCGGGCAAUGCAGCACCCCAGCGACCCCCUCUUCGAGCAGGGCCUCAGAGAUGCACUUCCGGAGUCCAUGCGGAUCAGUGCAGCGCCGAAAGCCAAGGCCAAAGCAAACACAAAUGCGAAGGACAAGAAGGAGCAGGACGCCGAGGCGAAAGAGAACCAGAAGGACAAGGAGAAGGACAACGAGAAGGGAAAGGAUGCCAACAACAAGCCGAAGGAUAACAAGAAGGAGGCAUCCAGUGAGCAGAAGCAGAAUUUGUUGGACAAGCUCCGCAGCUUGGAUUCUUCCACGCCAGCCUAG